CCCGCAUCCUCUCAUUUACAUUACGUCGUUCGCUGGCUUCCUUCGGCGAACUCACCUGCGUCUUGCAAACUCUCGUCUUUUGCUUCCGCAGCGGCGCAAGUCUCCUGGAGGAUCACCAACAGUCCUUCUUUUACGCUUUCUUUAUUUGUUUCUGAGGCCAAUCGCCUAUUGCGCACGUCUUAUUCUAUACUUGUGCCACCAAACGUGGUGAGCGUCGACGAGAUACCUCACCAAUUGUACCAUGAGACCAUCGACUUGCUGCUAAGCCACCAAUAAGAUACGAUAGCUGCCUCUUACACGCAUUGUUUGUCUGGAUCUUGUACACCAUUAUUCUAUUUAUCAAUAUUAAUACUGCCGACCAAGGCGUCGUCGGUUCGCUAUGCGCCCAGCAUCGCAAAAGUUGGCCCCGUCGGCCCGGAAACCAGGACCCAAGUCUUCGACGAAGCGACCGCCAUUGACACUCACAUCGCUAUCCGCGUACGAUGACAUAUUGACGGAUGCUAUUAUUGACCAUGUUUACUACUGGACGACUAUUCCGAAGAAUCGACUCCUUUACCAUGCUUCCCGAGGCUUGCCCGGAGAGGCUAUUGCUAAAAUAAUUCAAGAUGAAGUAAUCGUCAAGAAGAACACCGAAGCAGCUGUUGAAAAACUGCUGCAAGUCGACGGAUUGCGCCGUUUCCACAACAACCUCCGAACAGACAAGGAAAAGGAAGAUUUCCGACGCCAUCUAAGACGCUACGUUAAUAUAUAUUCCCCGGAUUGCCCAUGGGAAGUGACUUCUACAAACCGCUAUACCAUAACUACACACGAAGCCAGUGUCACGGCCCGCCGACCUAUUAAUAAGAACGAGACGAUCAAGUACCUAGCCGGAAUUCAGGUCGUUAUUUCGCCUCGCGAAGAGAAAGAAAUCUCGAAACGCAAGAAGGAUUUCAGCAUCGUCGUUAGUUCUAGGAGCAAGAGCACCAGUCUAUUCAUGGGCCCUGCACGUUUCGCCAACCAUGAUUGCAAUGCCAAUGCGACCCUCAUGACCACCAGUCAAUCCGGCAUCGAAAUUGUGGCUACUCGUCAUAUUGAGGCGGGCGAGGAAAUCACAGUUGUUUACGGUGAAAAUUAUUUCGGCGAUGACAAUUGUGAGUGCCUUUGCCAGACAUGCGAGAAUCUUCUACGCAACGGUUGGGAACCUGAAGGCGGACCCGUAACUUGGCCUGUGAAGGAGGAAGAGAACUCGGAAACAUAUGGUCUGCGUCGCCGGCGAAGAGACUAUAGUGUAGGAAGCUCGUCCAGAACGCCAUCAGUUGUUCCCGUUACUCGAACCCCCAUUAACAAGAACAUCGGCAAGAGUGGGCUGUCGAACGAAUUGAAUCGAGCAGAAUCAUCAACAGCGCCCGAUCAGACACCGCGUACUGGCAAGCGAUCAUAUGAUGCCAUAGCGAGCCCUCCAGUUACACCGGCAAAGAGAUUAAAGCGUACACUGAAACCUUCACCAGAGUCAUCGGUCUCUCGAGAUGGAUCCGUGGCUUCAGCAGAUGAUUCGGGUAGCAGUGACGUGGUUGACACUGACAUUACAACGCCAGAGCAAUCACCCGAGCAUACCCCCAAUGACCUGGACACAAUGGUUUUAAGUAUGGAAGAUAUUACUCCUUUCCCGUCGGAUGAAACCCAUGGUCUACCGUCACCACAAAGUGUACGAUCUGGUCCUGUGGUGGGUUAUUUAAAUGAAACGAUUGCAGCGUCCAUCGAGGUCGAACAAAGCCAGCCGGAUUCAGAGAACACAACGCCGCGCAAAUACGAACGCCGUACAUUUCGGGAUCCAACACCACCAGCACGUCUACGAAAACAGGGCGAUUACUUGCUCACAACUGCCCUCACCUCCAAGCCCAACAACGCAUGGGUGCAAUGCACUGUAUGCGUCUCAGAUUAUGUUGGCUCAACAAUUUCUCCAUCAGCCAUCUGCCCCAGAUGUGAGCGCCAUUGCAAGCUAUAUGGAUACGUCUGGCCAAAGACCGACAAGCAAGGCCCCAAAGACAAGGAGGAGAGAAACUUGUUAUAUUCUACGAUGGAUCUAAUCUCGAAACUGGACGGGUCUAACGGAGCUUCAGAUGCGAACGCUAGUACUAGAGAUGAUGAUUCAGAAGUUGACGAACAGACACCUCGUGGACGCCGCCAACAGCGCGGUCCCAUUAAGACAGCGACCUCUGUACGUGGGGGUAAAAAGAAGGUCGUACCCAACGCAAAGAAGGGAACGUCUGUCAGGAUGCCUCUUAAGAAGAGUAAAAAUAUGCCUGUUUCCCGAACAAGAGCGACGGCGUCUUCGUUGGCAAAACGCAAGCCCCUUGCGAAAAAGGCUACUAAGGUGAUCAAGACAACGAAACUUGUCAAGAAAGCACCUCGCACUGCCAGCAAGCUUCUAAAGAAGGUCCCUGAGCGUAACAGCAGCGUUGAGAGGAUCAUUCGACCGAGACAAGGAAGCAAAGACGAAGGUUUACGUCGCAGCGGGCGCGAAAGACGUGUCAGUAGCCGUCUGUCUGAUGUGUACGAUCCCUAGGAGAUGUCAUUGUAAAUACUUAUUUGUAAGUUUUCAUGUUUAGUUAGCUUGCGCUGGAUGCGCAACAAGCAGGUUCGGCCUGUGCUAGAUUAUUUUUGUAAGGAAGACGCUUCCGGAUAUCAAUAUAUUAUUAAAGGCACCAAAUUCAAUAUCAAACUAAUGGUACAAUUUCCUCGUGUAUACUGUUACUGUCGUCAAGACACAUCCAUGUACAAAGUAGGCUCCAAAAACUCCAGCCGGCAGUAUCGUAACUCUUCCAAGUUUGCAACUAUGGAAUGGGUGCGACCUGCUGUAGACCAAUCAAAAAUAAAUAGCUUCAUAAUUUCGUAAAAUAAAACUGAUCAGGUUUCUUUUAUACUGUUCGAGUUCGUUGGCGCUCCUGCAUCUCCGCAAAGAUUUCGUCACGUUUCUGAUUCGCAAGGUGGCGAUCGAACUGCGUCCA